UUAAAUUAAACUUGCACGAAUUUUAUCAACUUAUAUAGUUUUGUUAAUAAUAAGCAUCGCAUUCAUUUCAUAUUCUAGUCUGUCAAAAAGAAUAACACAAACUGUAAAUUUUAUAAUCUUGGAUUUUCGUGAAUUUCUCAAUAUUCAGAGGAUUUAUCAUUUCGAACUAUUCAGCGACAUGGGUAAUGUGAUAAUUGAAAUAUUACAAUUUUGUUCAUUCAUUUUUAUAUUUGGUUUGGUUAAUGGAGAAGAUAUCUGCAGUUAUUAUGAUGAUGAAGAUUGCAUUGAUCCUGCAGUGACCAGUAAUGUACCAUUUUACAAAAAUGAAUGGGCUGUCGAAUUAUCAGGAAUGUCCGAAGACGAAGCAAAAUCUUUUGUAGAAAAACUAGGCUUUCAUUAUAUAAAACGGUUAGGGAACGAAAAAAAUAAUUUAUUUGUUAUUACAUCAGACACUGUGCCAUCGGAACACAUCAUGCCCAACCAAAAAAUGAUUGACUUAUUACUGCAACACAAAAAAGUAGGGUCAGUAUCACAGAAACAGAUGACUUCACAUGUUGGUUCCAGUGGCUCUUUCGAAACUGCAGAAAACAUCUCAUUUCAGCGCUUAGAUCCUGACACAAUCAUAAUCGAUAAUGGAAAAGAAAAUUUGGAGAGAAUUUUAAGUACCAUGACUAAAGAAGAAAUAGCUACUAUUCCCUCCAGGCCUUCAUCGUCUAAAAAUCUCGAAGAUUCAACUAAAAUUGAUAAUAAUGAAGAAAUAUUGUCUUCGGACAGAAGCAAUGAAGUCGAAUCAAACAGUGUGGACACACAAGACUAGGUUGUUGCGUUCGAAAAAAAAAUCCCUCAUAAGUGUUUAAGCUAAGAUAUAAUUGCAUAGCUAACAAUAAAAAUAUAUGAUUAUAUUACAAUCUAAAAAUAUUAACGUCUAUUUAAUGACAAUUGUUUUUCUUAAAUAGUUUUUAGAUAUUUUUCUUAGCGAGGAAUUUUCCUGAAUAUAGUACUAUUGUCAUACAUUACUAAUUAAUAUUAUUAACUAUAUAAUAAAGAAAAUGUAGCAUUAUUAAUCAAAAAUAUUAAACUAUUGUUAAUAAAAGUUUGAUUGAUAAAAAACA